AUGUACGAUCGCGACCCGUACACGUUCGCCAACAACGAUCUCAUCCCCAAACCCAUCCUCGAUGUCAUUACCGGCAUUCUCAAGUCAUGGGACAUGGCAGAGACCGACUACAGAUACAUCGACAUGUUUCAACCCGAUGGGAUCCUCCACGUCGCCCCCGAGCCUUCUUCUGGCAGGGAAGCCAUGAAAAGCUUACACGACAACCUAAUCCACCCUCAAAAUGGACCCCUGGUCGAUCUACAACAUUACCUCGAUCGAGUGUUUCUCAUGCCUGGCAACACCGGUGGCAAGACCGAAGUCGUCUUUACCGGGAAGUUAGACAACUUUUUGGCCAACGGGGAGAAAGUCACUACGGAUUUUGCUACCUGGGUGAUUCUAUCAGAGAGCCAGGAGGUUAAGGGUGCAUUGCGCGCCGACCUUGUCAGAGUAUUUUCCGACUGCUCUGCAUUGUUUGGUGCAAUUGAGAAGAUGAUGAGCGCGACCAAUGGGGCAAACGGGGCCGGCGGGACCAAAGCAUAG